AGCGACACACAGCUGAGCUACAUCCGCGCGAGCUGCGUCACCUGAUGGGCGUGAGGAGGACAGUGUCUGAGCAUGACUUUAUCCAGCGCCCCACCACUUCGCAGAGGAAGUACCCCAGUUCCAUUCAAACACCAGCUCCGUAGGGAGGAAGCGGUCAAUGAUGACUGUGAUUGGACACCAGGAAUUGCAGUAAAAGGAGGAACGUCGCCUCCUCCGGUUAGCUUUCUACCAGCAAAGGAUGAGUUUGUGAGCGUUGAUGUAGAGGAGAAACAAGAAGGACCUCUUAGGAUUGUUCUGCUGGGCCAGAAUGGAGUGGGCAAAACAUCGCUUGCUAUCGCCCUCUCAGAGGAAAUGGACCGAACUGCAUCUGUGGACUCAGAUGGAGAGGGCUACAUUCGCACAGUCACCGUAGACAAUGAGGAGAGCACCGUCGUUAUCUUUGACAACUGGAGACAGGAUUUGGCCACGCUGGCGUGUGAAGUAUGUGUGUUGGUGUUUUCAGUUACAGACAGACGCAGUUUUCAUCGCACGGCUCAACUGCGCCUCCUCCUCAGGGAAAACCAACCGCAAACUCCCAUCAUCCUCGUAGGCAACAAGAGUGACCUCGUCCGUUCCCGAGAGGUCAGCACAGAGGAGGCUCAGUCCAAUGCUGCUCUAUAUGAGUCUCCAUACGUGGAGCUGUCUGCAUCUCUGGACCACGGCACCUCUGAACUACUGGAGCUGGCAGUGCGGGCCGCACGUGGAGAAAACCUAGGGUCCCUGAUGGCCUGUGGGAGCGAGGGGGCUACAGGAGUUCGCAGUGAAAGCAUGACCACACGAGCUAAGCGGUUCCUCGCCAACCUUGUUCCACGCUAUCCUCGAGAGAAGGAGCGUGACGGUGGCAGGUUCUUUAGGCAGAAAUCUCGCUCCUGUCACGAUCUAGGAGCUCUGUAAGCCAUCAGCUGGGAGAGAGGGGCAAAUAUAGAAUACAGGGUGAUACAGAGAGGGAAAGGGAAAUUGGAGGAAGGUUUAUUUUAUGGAAAGUGGUGGAUUUAUUGUUGAAAAAUCGGGUUUUAAAGCCAUGUAAGGAAAACUGAAGAAAUGGACAAACAUAGCCUUUAUUGACACAUUGGACAAUUUUAAUAGCAUUAGAGCUAAAGCUGUGCAUCACUGUACACUCUGUCUGUACAUUCUGUUUGUUCUAUGGUACUGUGGUUUGCAUGCUACAUUUAAAAAAUGUUAGUUUUUUAAAUUGUUCGAGUAAACCA